AUGUCCGCUGUGAGGACUUAUAGCUUUUUACCUAACUCCGGCCUUGAGGCUGUUCAAGACCGCGAAUCCUUGUUAAAAGAGAAUAAAAACCGAUGGGUUAUGUUUCCUGUCGAGUACGACACCUUCUGGGCUAUGUAUAAAGAAGUUGAAAACAACUUUUGGGCUGCCGAGGAUUUUAUUUUUUCUGAGGACAAGAGUUCCUUGGAUUCUUUGACUGCGCCCCUUUUAGAUUGCUUAAACAGGCUUUUAUCGUAUCACGUGAUGCUGGAUAAUAGCUUCUUUUGUCGUCCUGCCGAUAUCACUUUGGAUCUUUUGAGUGACGUUCAGGCUGCUGAGGCCAGGGCCUUCUACGGGUUUCAGCUUACUGACGAGAACAUUCACAGUGAAACUGUCGGCUCUAUGUUCCAAAAUUUGGGACGCGGCUUGGAUAUGCUUUCCGGCUCUGAUAAGAUCUCCUGGCUUCAGACUCUUUGCAAGGGGUCGAGGAGUUUUUUCAGGCGCAUUCUGCUUUGCGUCAUUUCCAAGCUUCUGUUCAGCUGUUCCUUCUCUGUUCUCAGAGACUUUCUUGUCAAAGAUAGACAUGUUCCCACUCACACAUCUGCUCUCGAUGCUAUGAAAACUGACCGACACAUUCAUGUCAGGUUCGCUCACUGCGUGUUCCUUCUUCUCGAGUACAAGAUGCUUGAGUCCGAGGUUUUCGACCUCGUUAGGGAGGCCACUCGACUAGAAUUUGAAUUUUGUUGCAAUGCUCUUCCCCUAGAUUUUAUGGACCUCAGUAAAGACCAUCUCCAGGCCUACAUUGAGCAUUCUGCGAAUAACGUUUUAUCAGUUUCUGGGUACAAACCUCUCUUUAAUCCUGACUACGACGUUGACUGGCUUAGUCCCCCGAGGGUCGAUUUGAGCAUCCAGAAACAGCAGCAGAGCAAGCCCAUUCAGAACGAGGUCGUCACUACUACUGAGAUCAAGUUCGAUGAGGACUUUUAA